CAGUACGCCCUGCCUCGGUCCUUUAAAACAGAAUGGACAGUUAGUGAAAGGUCAAAGCCACUAUGGCUGGCGGUAGCUGCCCUGGGCCAUGACAGGAGGAGGAGACUAGACUGAGGGAAUUGAAGAACCAGUAAUGGCAAAAUGCUUGGUCAAGAUCCAGACUCGGAGGGGUCUCCGCCUUCAGUUGGUGAACCACUGCAGCAGCAACGUGUUUGUCCGUCUGCUGAGACACAGUUCCAAGGUCACAGCCAGAAACACGGGUGUUCCAUUACCCAAAGAAGAUGACAUUUCUGCCCCCUUGACCUCCAGCUCACCAGUAAAGGAAUCCCAUGAGUAUGAAGAGCCCUCAAGUGAAGAGGAAGAUAAAAUAAAAGAAGAGCCCUUGACCAUCUCUGAACUGGCAUACAACCCAAGUGCCAGCCUGCUCCCUACCCCCACUGAUGAUGAUGAGAUUGACAUGCUCUUUGACUGUCCAUCUAGGCUGGAGUUGGAAAAAGAAGACACAGAUUCGUUUGAGGAACUAGAAGCAGAUGAAAACGCCUUUUUAAUGGCUGAAGAAGAAGAGCUGAAGGAGGCUCACCAAGCUUUGUCAUGGAGCUAUGACAUUCUGAGUGGCCAUAUUCGGGUGAACCCACUGGUCAAGAGUUUUUCCCGGCUCCUUGUGGUGGGCCUGGGCCUGCUGCUCUUUGUAUUCCCCCUGCUCCUCCUCCUUUUGGAGUCAGAAGACAGUCACCAGUUGCCUGAAUCAAAUGAGGAAAAGACUGCUUCCAAAGAUGGAGAAUAUAUAAUACAGUAAGAUACAGAAUUCAAAGCAAGUGUUCUCCAUGCCGUAAACAGACCCAGCAGGACCUGCCCCUGAUGGGCCCACCCAGGACUCAGCUCUCCACGUUCCAGCCUCGGUCUGUGGCAGGGUGGGUAAGUUUGGUGAGCCCCACCCACUGCCCUCAGCUGUCACCACUUCAGAGAGAAGGAAAGAAACCUUGCUUGGGCCUCAGAUCCGCUGUGCUCUUCAGUUCAUCAAUAAAGCUGAUUUUAAUCCUC